CCCACAUCCUGCCAAAUAGUGAGAGAGCACUUCCGCUUGAGCCGGCGACGACAAGCAAAUGAACAAACGUUGGUAUACCUGCAUAUGUCUCUGCUGCGGAUUGACAUAUUCUCGUGUUCGACAGCAUUUGGUGACCUCAAACAACAAGGCUAUGGAUUGAUUCACACUGGUUUUACGCCUUUUAAAGGGUACUGGAAAAUGAUCUUGAAAGUCCUUAAAAGGAUGUACGGAGACAUUCUGGAUGAAAACCAACCACUUCUCGUCCAACCUGAUGGAGCUUGAGAGGCACUGCAAAGAGGAAUGAGGAAUUGCUACCAAAGAACCAAAGAGAAAGGUCUGCCUCCUGUGCAGCUCGUGUUCCUUUGAGGAAAAAUAGAGGAUUGGCACAAAAUAUUUCUGAGAGAAUACCUGGAAAACAUGAAAGCACGACUGCCACUCCGAAAAGCCGAGGAAGUCACAACAUGCAGGCUCGUCUUCUGCCGCUCUGCAGCAGGGGAAGCCAGAGAGUGAGAGAGGGGCUGAUAGGAGGAGCAUGAAAGAAGGAGGGCACUAGUUUCGAAAGUGUUCUUGAGAGAGAGAGCAAGAGGAGCAGUGUUGGCACUGGACUCACUGCACUGCAGGUGGAUCACAUCCGUCUGCUCCAAGAAGGUUCUAAGGCAGCCGGUACAAGAUUUCCUAAAGCAAACAAGGUCAGAUUCAUAGCGGCAGCCAUCCAGUGAAGGACCGAGGCAGAACAGGGAUGAGCGUGGACGUCCACCACGGGGUUGUGACCACCCCUCCCCCACCCAGUGGCGGCCCCAGGGAGCGCUACUUUGACCGAGUCAACGUCAACGACCCGGAGUACCUCAGAGCCAGGAAUAUGUCGCCCGAUCUUCGGCAGGACUUCAACGUUCUGGAACAGAAGAAACGGGUCACGCAGAUAUUACAAAGCCCUGCCUUCAAGGAGGAGUUGGAGAGUCUGAUCCAAGAGCAGCAGCGCAAAGGGAACAACCCGACUGGUCUGUUGGCCCUCAGACAGAUCGCUGACUUCUUCAUGGCGAGUUCAGUGGCCGGUUUCAACACUUCCCCACUCAGUUUGGGGAUGGUGACUCCCAUUAACGACAUGUACGGUAUGGAACCAAGCACCAUGGUGAAAGGAGAGAAGCUGACCCGCUGCAAACUGUCCAGCCUCUACAGACUGGUGGACCUGUUCAGUUGGGCCCACUCUAUCAGCUCCUACAUCACCUGCCGAGUCAGCAAAGAGCAAGAUCACAUCCUCAUCAUCCCCAGAGGACUUUCAUUUGCUGAGGCAUCCGCAUCAAACCUGGUGAAGGUGAACAUCAUCGGGAACGUCAUCGAGCAGGGCUCUACCAACCUGACCAUGGACUCUGCUGGUUUCAGCCCGCAUGCUGCCAUCUACUCCAUGCGCCCAGACAUCCGCUGUGUCAUACACCUGCACACCCCUGCCACGGCUGCUGUGUCAUCAAUGAAGUGCGGCAUCCUACCCAUUUCGCAGGAGUCACUCAUUCUGGGGGACAUCGCCUACUACAACUACCAGGGCAGCCUGGACGAGCCAGAGGAGCGCAAAGAGCUCCAAAAGGCCCUGGGGCCCACAGCCAAGGUUCUGGUACUGAGGAAUCACGGCCUGGUAGCUCUGGGGGAGACCAUGGAAGAGGCCUUUCACUACAUCUACAAUGCACAAUUUGCCUGCGAAAUCCAGGUGAACGCCAUCUCAUGUGCCGGCACCAUAGACAACCUGAUCGUGCUCGAUCAAGAGAAGUACAAAACACGUGUGCAUGAGGUGGCCGCAACAUUUUCCAGCAACAUGAGCAGUCCGGUGAAGUGGAAGGUCGGCGAGCUGGAGUUUGAGUCUCUGAUGAGGAUGCUGGAUAACCUGGGCUACAGGACAGGUUACGCCUAUCGCCAUCCCAUUGUGCGGGAGAAGCCCAGGCACAAGAGCGACGUGGAGAUCCCCGCCACCGUCACGGCGUUUAUGUUAGAGGAGGACAUGGACGCCACGCGGUUGCCCUUCAAGUUCGUCCUGCAGCGGCAGCAGAGGGAGAAGACGCGCUGGCUCAACUCGCCCAACAGCUACACCAAGGUCAACGUGGAGGGUGGAGACGAGCGCUACAACCACAGCAAGACGACCACGUGGUUAAAGGCCGAGGAGACGGGAACCCCGAUCCGGAUUGAGGACCCUAAUCAGUUUGUCCCGCUCAACACAGACCCCAAAGAGGUGCUGCAAAAGAGGAACAAAAUUAGAGAGCAGAACCGGUGUGACGUGAUGACCUCAGGACCUCGCUCUCAGCACCUCGCCGGCAUCCCGGUUGAUCAACCACGACGGCCAUACGUGCCCACAGAGGAAGAACAGAUGGCCCCGCAGCCUCCCAACCCUUUCAGUGAGCUGUCAGAGAAAGAACUGGAAGAGUAUCGCAAAAACGUGGAGAGGAGGCAACUGGGUCUCGAUGGCGAGCACGAGCUAACCUCCGACGACGGCUCCACACUCUCCCAGUCUCUGUCACUCACCCAGUCACCACUAAGCACUCCGGCUAAACAAGCCAACCACUCGGGCCUGACAAACGGCAAAGACAACCACUGCCACGCGGACGACCAGCUGUCCGAGCGCGUGGGCCAGCUCCACGCCGCGGUGGACAGCGUGGCGAUCACGGUGCGCCCGGGCGAGAAGAUCGAGGAGGUUCUGUCCCCGGAGAGCUCGCCCUCCAAGUCGCCCAACGGCAAGAAGAAGAAGAAGUUCCGCACGCCGUCCUUCCUGAAGAAGAACAAAAAGAAAGAGAAGGCGGAGGCUUGAGUGAUUAGAUAAGAACGAGCGUGGCGGCCAUCGUUUUUUUUUUGUGUGUUGUCUUUUACGUUGUCUACGUUUUCCCGUCCUGUUGGUUUUCUUUUUUUAAAGGUUUUAUACGCAAAACGGCAGAAUACGUGAUUGGAUCGGUUUGUCAUGAAAAGGAGGCAGGAAGUGGGCUCUUUGCAGGCUCCACCUGGUCCACAGCUCACGUAGACCCUCAUCAACUAGAUCGCCCUGGCGUUAUUUCACGGUAGUCAAAACAAUCAGGUCGCCACAAAACUGCACUGUCGGCGCUUUUCCCUCGCCUCGCGGCCCCCAUCACUGAGAGGAGACAGGAAGUCCCCCCCCCUGGACGUGUUGCAGGUGUAACAUAACUGGAGCAAAAAGGAGCACAGUAAUGUUGACACUCUCAAUAUUUAUGUAGCAUUUUUCUCUCAUUUUUUUGGACAAACCUAAAAUUGAGUCAUCUCAUGAAUUGUCCUUUUUUUUUUUUUUUUAGUCAACAUCCUUUUCUACUCAUUCUCCAGACGCCGACUUUCUCUCUUUUGGCGGCACGUUGGCUCGCACGAUACUGUCAAGUCGAGAAUACAAAGUGACGACAUCUCCCCGCGAUAGGAUAAUAACUGGAAACGU